AUGAAGCUUCUUUGGAUUCUUUCCCUUCUUGUUUCUUGCAUGAGCCUUUGCUACUCUCUCAAUUCCGACGGCUUGUCUCUUCUCGCUCUCAAAUCCGCCGUCGACAACGACCCGACUCGAGUGAUGAGCUACUGGUCUGAAUCCGACCCGACUCCUUGCCAUUGGUCCGGAAUCGUCUGUACAAACGGCCGAGUCACCUCACUUGUACUCUCCGGGAAAAGUCUCUCCGGUUACAUUCCAUCAGAACUCGGUCUACUCGACUCGCUUAUCCGGCUCGAUCUAGCUCACAACAAUUUCUCAAAAACCGUACCGGUUGGUCUCUUUGAAGCAACCCAGCUCCGGUACAUUGAUCUCUCACACAACUCACUCUCCGGUCCAAUCCCAUCCCAAAUUCGGUCAAUGAAAUCUCUAAACCAUCUCGAUUUCUCCUCAAACCGUCUCAACGGUUCACUCCCCGAGUCACUCACUGAGCUCGGAAGCCUCGUCGGAACCUUGAAUCUCUCUUACAACCAAUUCACCGGCGAGAUUCCGCGGUCGUACGGUCGAUUUCCGGUUUACGUCAGCUUGGAUUUCGGCCACAAUAAUCUGACCGGAAAAGUACCACAGGUCGGUUCUCUGUUGAACCAAGGACCAAUCGCGUUCGCCGGAAACUCUCAUCUCUGUGGCUUUCCACUGCAAACGCCAUGCGAAGCAAUCGAAAUCCCUAAUCUCGUCGCCGCGAAACCGGAACUCACGCAAGACCUCCAGAAACCAAAUCCUAGUGUGAUCAGCAACGAGGAAGGAAAGGAGAAGCAGAUCACCGGAUCGGUAACGGUUUCUCUGAUUUCCGGAGUUUCCGUUGUCAUCGGAGCGGUUUCUAUCUCCGUAUGGCUGAUCCGGAGAAAACAGAGCUCCGACGGGAACAAAUCGGAGACGAAGACGACGAAUGCGGCCUCGGAGUUCGACGAGGAAGCGCAAGACGGUAAAUUCGUGGCCUUUGACGAAGGAUUGGAGCUCGAGCUUGAGGAUUUGCUGAGAGCUUCGGCUUACGUAAUAGGCAAGAGCAGGAGCGGGAUUGUGUACAGAGUAGUGGCGGCGGAAUCCUCCUCCUCCGCCGCCGUUGUCGCCGUCAGAAGGCUAAGCGACGGUAACGCCACGUGGCGGUUUAAGGAUUUCGCGAACGAAGUGGAGAGCAUUGGUAGGAUCAACCACCCAAACAUCGUGAGGCUAAGAGCUUACUACUACGCAGAGGACGAGAAGCUUCUCGUUACUGAUUUCGUUAACAAUGGCAGCUUAUACUCUGCCUUACAUGGUGGGCCUUCGGAUUCUAGGCCUACGCUCUCUUGGGCUGAGAGGUUACGUAUAGCACAAGGGACUGCUAGGGGAUUGAUGUAUAUACAUGAGUACAUUUCGAGAAAGUAUGUACAUGGCAACUUAAAGUCAAGCAAAGUCCUGUUAGAUGAUGAGCUACAUCCUCACAUCUCUGGCUUCGGUCUCACACGUCUUGUUUCGGGUUAUCCUCUCAAACUCACUGAUCAUUCACUAAGUAUAGACCAAACAUUUGCGAUGACAAGACUCUCAGUUCCUCAAGCUGCUUACCUUGCACCUGAAGCUAGAGCUUCUUCUGGUUGCAAACCAUCUCAGAAAUGCGAUGUUUAUUCGUUUGGAGUGAUUUUGUUGGAGUUGUUGACUGGUCGGUUACCUAAAUGUUCCUUAGACAACGAAGGAGAGGAGCUCGUGAGUGUUUUGAGGAAGUGGCACAAGGAAGAGAGAUCGUUGGGCGAGAUCUUAGACCCGAAGCUUCUGAAACAGGGUUUCGCUGAUGAUAAGCAAGUUGUUGCAACCAUUCGUAUCGCCUUGAACUGCACGGAAAUGGAUCCAGAGAUGCGUCCUAGGAUGAGAUCUGUGUCUGAGAGUUUAUGUCGAAUCAAAUCGGAAUUACUUGCUUAA